AUGUGCACAUAUGUUUUGCUAACAACAGACUCUUCAGACAAAUUUGCAGCGAUUAAUAAAAACCUAUUACUAAACAAACGAAACGGUAGAACACGUAUAGCGAGAUCGGUUGUCAAAGAGAUCACUGGUCUAAUCACUACACCAGAAAUGGACUACAAGUUUAAUAACGAUUGUCUUAUCGCACACAACGAGUUCAGAGCUAAACACCAAAACACUCACAAAUUAGGGUCUAAUGCGAAGAUGGUCCAAUCGGCCAAAGCGUAUGCCAUAGAGUUGGCAAAGAAAACAUCAAUAAGACAUUCGUGGGGUAAAGGACUCGGGACCAACUACGGCGAGAACUUAUGGUCGGUGUGGACUAAUUCAACUGCCGGUAUAUUACCAAUAUAUAAGAAUCACAAGUGCCGGACCACAGUCAAGUCGUGGCACGAUGAGGCCACCAAGUUUAAAUACAAUUACAACAGUAAUGGCAAUGAUAUUGAAAAAACGGGUCAUUUUACUCAAUUGGUUUGGACGACUACUACACUCGUUGGCUGUGCAAAGGGUGUGAAUGUGAAAAGUAGAAGUAUGUUUGUUGUUUGCCGUUAUCAAGAAUGUGGUAAUGAAGUGCAUAAUACCAAACCGUUUCAUAAUAACACCAUAUUGUGGGUUAUGUCCGAUCUUAGAAUCCAAUUUAUCCAAGACUUAGAUAUCACUUUCCAGUCAAAACUUUAA